GGAAGUGAACCGAUUCAUAAUAGCACGACUGAAGCUCAUUAUAGUUCAAUGCUGGAGCUGUCAAGUACAGCAGAGGUUGGAGGAGAGAGGGUUUGCGAAUUGCACGCAAAAAACUGCAUGAACUAGCUGCUGGCAUGUUUUUGAUGAGAAUUGUAGUGUGGCGAACUCCUUGCAGAGUGUUUGGUUCUAAACCCGGUGUGAGAAUGACCCUGCAGAAUGGGCUGGUGUUACCUGCUGCCAAAAACGGUUCCCAUGCAGUCGCAGUAGCUAGCACAGCAGACUACAACAACAGGAACACCCUGAGAUGGGACCUGACCCCAGACCAGAUCAAGAACAUGACAGAGAGCCUGGUCCAGAGGAUCAAACAGGUCUACGAUGACAUCGGAUCUCUGGAUGUAGAACAAGUGUCCAUUAAAAACACCUUAAAAGCCCUGGCCAAUGCCAAAUUAGAAUAUGCAGCACAGCGCCAUGUUUUGGAUUUUCCCCAAUAUGUGUCUGCUUGUAAGGAGGUGCGCUCAGCGAGCACAGAAGCAGACAAGAAGCUGUCUGACUUUGAUGUGGAGACAAGUAUGAGGGAAGAUGUGUUUCACAGAGUGAUUGCCUUGCAGGAGAAGCAGCUGGACAAUCUAACGCCUGAGGCCAAGAGAUUCUUAGACCGUCUUAUCACAUUAGGGAAGAGGAAUGGAUUGCACUUGUCAAAGGAUAUACAGGAGGAAGUCAAAAGAUUGUCAAAACUCAUCAAUGAACUCUCAAUCGACUUCAACCAAAAUCUAAAUGAGGAAAACACGUAUCUAAUAUUCAGUGAAAAUGAACUAAGUGGCCUAGCGGAUAGCUAUCUGAAUGGUCUGGAGAAGACUGAGGACAGGCGGUACAAGGUAUCCUUGGCAUACCCUCACUACUACCCUCUGAUGAAGAGGUGCCACAUGGCUGAGACCAGGAGGAAGAUGGAGACUGCUUUCCAUAGCAGAUGUAAGGAGGUCAACACAGUCAUUCUGGAGAAGCUGAUUGAGCUGAGGUCAAAGGUGGCACAGCUACUGGGUUUCAGUACCCACGCCAACUGUGUGCUUGAGAUGAACAUGGCCAAGAAUACCAACAAUGUGGCAUGCUUUCUAGAUGAGUUCUAUGCUAAACUGAAGCCGGUGGGAAUCAAGGAAAGGAAGUAUAUCCUGGCCCUGAAGAAGAGAGACUGUGCCAUGCGGGGAAAGGCCUUCGAUGGACAGAUCAACGCCUGGGACCUGCCCUACUACAUGAACCAGGUGGAGCAGGUGAAGUUUGCUGUAGACAAGGACAAGCUGAUUGAGUACUUCUCUCUGGAGGUGGUGACAGAGGGGUUGCUCAGUAUCUACCAGGAACUGCUUGGCCUUAACUUUAAGCAGGUAACCAGCGCCCACGUGUGGCACGACAACGUCAGUCUCUACUCUGUACUGGACACGGCCACUGGGGAGGAGAUCGGCCGGUUCUACUUGGACCUGCAUCCCAGAGAAGGGAAGUACGGUCAUGCUGCCUGCUUUGGGCUCCAGCCGGGCUGCCUGGGGCCUGAUGGGAAACGUAUGCUGCCGGUUGCGGCCAUGGUGGCCAACUUCACCAAGCCUACAAAAGGUUGGCCCUCUCUGCUGCAGCACCACGAGGUGGAGACCUUCUUCCAUGAGUUUGGCCACGUCAUGCACGAGCUCUGCUCUAGGACCACGUUCUCAGAGUUCAGUGGGACCCUGGUGGAGACAGACUUUGUGGAGGUGCCAUCUCAGAUGCUGGAGAACUGGGUAUGGGAGAAGGAGCCCCUGAGGAGGAUGUCUCGCCACUACAAAGACGGCAGCCCCAUCCCCGACAACCUGCUCAACAAACUCAUCGCCUCCAGAGUCGCCAACACAGGUCUGAUGAACCUGCGUCAGGUAGUGCUCAGUAAAGUGGACCAGUCUCUGCACACCAAGUCCCAUGCCGACACUGCCGAGGUGUUCGCCAAGCACUGCCAAGACAUCCUGGGGAUCCCCGCUACUCCAGGUACAAAUAUGACAGCUAGUUUUAGUCACUUGGCUGGGGGCUACGAUGGCCAGUACUAUGGCUACCUGUGGAGCGAGGUCUAUUCCAUGGACCUCUUCUUUAGUCGUUUCAAAAAGGAAGGAAUCAUGAACCCCAAGGUGGGGAAGGAGUACAGGAGGGUGAUUCUGGAGGCUGGUGGUUCUGUGGAUGGAAGGGACAUGCUGAAGACCUUCCUGGGUCGUGAACCUUGCCAGGAUGCCUUCUUUCAAUGCAAGGGAUUGGCCAAAGCUGAGGGAACACUGAAUGGUUGUCACUGACUCCCUCUCACUCCACAUUAAAGGGAUAUUUUGGGAUUUGGGCAAAGAGGCUCUUUAUCUACUUCCUCAAAGUCAGAUGAACUUGUGGAUACCAUUUUUAUGUCCCAGUAUGAAGGAAGUUGGAGGUAGUUUUGCGAGCCAAUGCUAACUAGCGUUAGUACAAUAACUGGAAGUCUAUGGGUAUUUGCUAGCAUGUGAGAUCUGUGGCCUCCCGGGUGGCGCAGUGGUUAAGGGCGCUGUACCACCAGAGACUCUGGGUUCGCGCCCAGUCUCUGUCGUAACUGGUCGCUACCGGGAGGUCCAUGGGGCGAUGCACAAUUGGCCUAGCGUCGUCCGGGUUAGGGAGGGCUUGGCCGGUAGGGAUAUCCUUGUCUCAUCGUGCACCAGUGAAUCCUGUGGUGGGCUGGGCACAGUGCACACUAACCAAGGUUGCCAGGUGCGCGGUGUUUCCUCCAACACAUUGAUGCGGCUGGCUUCCGGGUUGGAUGGCGCUGUGUUAAGAAGCAGUGCGGCUUGGUUGGGUUGUGUAUCGGAGGACGCAUGACUUUCAACCUUUGUCUCUCCCGAGCCCGUACGGGAGUUGUAGCGAGUUGUAGCGAGAGACAAGAUAGUAGCUACUAACAAUUGGAUACCAUGAAAUUGGGGAGAAAAAGGGGUAAAAAAAAAAAGAGAUUACAUCUGUUGUUCAUGCUAGCAGAUACCCAUAGACUUCCAGUCAUUGUGCUAACGCUAGUUGUCAAGCUGACAAUAUGAUGACAAUAUUUUUUGCUUUUUGUACAGUUUAUAUACAUGACUUUUUCCAAAUGUUGUUGUGUUACAGCCUGAAUUUAAAAUGGAUUCAAUUUUGAUUUUAUGGCACUUGCCUACACACAAUACCCCAUAAUGUCAAAGUGGAAUUCAGUUUUUCUAUGAAUUAAAAAUUAUGAAAUGUCUUGAUUCAA